GACAAGCAAAAACACACAUUACAUCGGUAAAGACCUUAAAAAUAUAAUUAUAAGUAAGUAGAUAGUUAGAAAAAAUACUAAAUGAAAAUAUUACACUUGAGCUUUACAGAAAAAUCAAAAAUUUUUAUACUAAUUUUAUGGAUGAUUGUAUCAGUAUACUGUCUGAAGCAAACCGUUACAAUACCUGAAAGACAAUCAGACAAUAUACAAUGUCCAUUGAAUGCAUUAAUAACAGUAUUAAAUGCUGAAUAUAAGGCUUCUUACUGCAACUGUAUCAACACUACGACCAAUAUGUUUAAUUGCUCAAAAAAUGUAACUAACUAUAUUCAAAGUUUGUGCGACAAAAAAAACAAUUGUGUUGUUCAUUCUAAUAAUGAUAUUUUUGGUGAUCCUUGUAUUGGCAUGAGUAAAGACACAAGCAUUACCUACAUUUGUCAUCUAGAGAAUUCAAUAUUUGUUCAAGAACUAAAGAAUAAUUACACAAUUAUAGAAUUAAAUGAUUUUUACGAUGAAUUUAUGGUAUCUUUUGUUAUCCUGUCAAAUGAAAAACCAACCUCAUCUAUUAUAAGUAUUGAGGAUAAAAACAAUAAUCAUGCGUUAAAGUUUAACAUAACUGAUCUAUCUUUAAUGAUUUCAACAGUGAAUAAUAGUUAUAUUGUUAAUAUAACACCUAAUACAUCAAGUACAAUUGUUAUUACUCAAUACUUUAUAAACCGUAGCAAUGCCUAUAACAUUUCUGUAGCCGUUAAUGAAACUGUUCGUUUUUCUGAUAUAAAUACUAAUCCAAUGAUUUUAUCUGAUUCUGUAUUGUAUAUAUUUUUAUAUUGUUCCUUUGAUCAUUCUUGUAAUUUUGGAUUUAUUAAAAAUCUAUCACUAUACAGUAAAACCCAAGUUAUUUGGUCAUUUUGGAGUGAGUGGUCAUUUUGUGAUACACAUUGUAUGACAAAUAGAUCUCGCAAUUGCAACAAUAAUCAAUGGGUAAAUUGCAUUGGAAACAGCUUUAAGACUGAAUCCUGCACUAGUUUAGAUAAAGAUUUUUGGACGCCUUGGAAUGUUUGGUUACAUUGCAAUGUUUCUUAUGGAAUAAUGAACAGAUCAAGAGAAUGUUGCGUUUCAAAUAACCUUGAUUUGUGUUAUGAUAUUACAUCUCAACUUUUAGAAUAUUCAGUUUUUUGGGCACAAUGGAGCGAUUGGUCACAUUGCAACAGUUCUAAUGGAUAUUCAAACAGAACUAGAGAGUGUAUUGAUUUAGAAUGGUGUUAUGUUAACCAAUCUGAAUUAUUGGAAUAUUCAGAGUAUUUCAUAAUUGAAAAAGAGACUUUGUUGUCAAAAGGAAACCUGAUUACAAAGAUAAAAAAACUUAGUAAAGAAUACUCAGUGUCUUUUGAAAUUAAUCUAACAUCUAUAAAUGAUCAAUUCAGAAAUAUUAUUCAUAUGACUGUUGAAACGGACAUGUCAAAUUAUGGAGAUAGAAUUCCGGGAGUGUGGACUUAUCCUGGCAAGUCUAGUUUACACAUUUGUGCAGCUGUUAACAAUAAUACUAAUUAUUGUUUACAUGAAACAUCUAGUCUGAAUCUGAGCUCAUGGUCUUCAUUAAAAAUAUCACAAGAGUUGUUGGAAGGAAAAUACUUUUACUCAAUUCAAUUAAAUAAAGAAAAAAUAUUUAUUGUUGUAAACGAAGUUCCUCAAGAAUUUUCAAAUGUAAAAGUAUAUAUAUCUGAUCCUUGGUAUGAUGUACAACCUGGAUAUAUCAGAAAUGUGAAAAUAACUAACGGAAGUCCAGCAUUACUGGCAAAAGUCAAUAUUAAUUCUACUUGUUCUACUUUUUAUGGAAUUAUGAAUAAAUCAAGCAAUUGUAAGAAGAAAUGUGAUGGACAUAAUUUUGAGUUAACUAAUUGCAUAAUUUAUUGGGCACAAUGGAGCAAUUGGACAAGUUGCAAUGCUUCUCAGGGAAAUAUGAUGAGAACAAGAAGGUGUAUCAGAUUUAAUACUAGAGAUCAGUGUUCUGGUAACAGCUAUGAAGUACAAGAAUGUUAUGUUUUUUGGAGUCAAUGGAGCAAUUAUUCAAGUUGCGAUUCUACUAAGGGGUAUAUGAACAGAACGAGGGAGUGUAAUACUUCAGAUCCUAUUAAUCAGUGUUUAGGUAACAGCACUGAAGUAAAAGAAUGUUAUGACAUCAACCGUAGUCAUUUAUAUCAUUAGUUUAAAAUAUGUGCUUUUAUUAUUAAGAAAUGUUGCUUAAAGUUUCUGAUGUAGUAUUAUUUUUGCAAAGAAAAGACAUUCGAUCUAAGGACUACUACGUGGCACAUUUUCGUCAGAAAUCGUAUUAUCUUGAUAAUUUUAGUUUAAAUACUUUGUUAAAAAUAAAAAUUAAAAUUAAAUAAUACUUUGUAGAUUGUUUUUUGCUUAAGUAAACUUUUAACUUUUGAUAUUUUUUUGUUUUUGUUUUUGUUUUUAAUAUUUUACCAUUUUUGUGCUCCCCGUUAUUAAAAGUUCCUGCAACUAUUCGUUUUUUUUGAGUUAUUCAAUGAUAUUUAUUUUAUAAGGAUUUGUAUAAAAUUUAUUGGUUAUUAUUUAUUUUUGUUAUGUUAAUAUAUUACUCAUUUAUUUUGUAAUUGUUUG